AUGGAUGAUCAUUUUAAUCAAAGUGAUCAUGAUUGGGAUGAACAAAAACCCAUCCCCCCUGAUUUAUCAGGAGAACAUUACCAACAGAAAAGGGAUGCCAUGAGAAUUUUAGAAGGCCACAACUUCAUGUGCAUCGAAAAGCUGGGCUUCAAUAAUCCCGAUGUAGGAGUUUUUGUAAUGCCUAUUUACAGGGACAAUUUGCAAAAUGCAGCCCUAGACAGGCAAUUUUUGAGACAACCAGGCGCCCUAGACUACCUCAAAUUGUGGCUUAAUGAUAGUCUUUGUGGUCUAACCUAUUUGCACUCUAACAAGGCCUGCCACUUGGAUAUAAAGGCAGACAACAUCUUGAUCUCGCAAGAUAAUAGAGCUGUCAUAUGCGACUUCUCUUGUCUUGCGUGUGCGACAAAAACAAUACCAAGGGAUGAUCUUGGAUUGCCGCUCAUGUAUAGACCUCCAGAAGCUUUCCCAUCUUUUGGAAGUGGGACAGAAGUUGAUGGCAAGGCUUUUGACAUGUGGGCGUUUGGAAUUAUGGUUUUAGAGCUAUUUACCAGUAAAUCUCUAAGCAGAGCAAUAAGCUGCGCCGGAAACUGGAACAGAGAUAUUUAUCCUAUCCUGUUCAACAUUCUUCAGGUAUAA